AUGGCGGCGGGAAUGGCAGAUCUGGAGGAAGGCGGCGGCGGAUAUGGAGGACUGAAGCUCCUUCGCCAACAGCCCCGCCACCGUAAAAAAUUGCCUACUCCGUCGUCACUGAACAAUCAACAAUCAACAGAGGUGGCGGACGUCCGCCACAAAGUUCACCCUCCGUCCGCCCACAGACCUGCCUCGCCACAAAUUUCACCCUCCGCCGUCGCACGCCCUCUUUUCCGCCUUAUCGGGCUGCUACCGGCGGGAGGUGGCGGCGUUGGGUGGUGGGAUAAGAAGACGCGGCGGGUGACCAUAUCGGAGGCGUCUGGACGGGUGGCUGGAGGUGGACGGUGGGUGGAUGGAGGUGGACGGUAG